AAUAGUAAACCGCAUACAGCAGCGAGGCAAUAGAAAGCAAAGUUAGUGUGGAUAGAGAGAGGGGGAAAAAAGGAAUGGCAACGAACCUUUUCAAAUGCAGUACUGGCAUCGGCGUCCGCCUGCUAUUCCCCUUUGCCCAUUCUGAGCUUCCUCUUAAUUUCCAUCAAAUUAAUUCUGCCACUAAUGGUAAUUAUCAUCAUCUUCGUCUUCGCAACAAAAAACCCAAACUACCUUCUGCAAGAAGUCUGCUCUGGCACUCAUCUUCUUCCUUUUGCACCGCCGCCUCGGCCACCGAUGCUUCUGCCACCGGUGCUUCUGGGGCAGUGAGCGAUGCUUCUAUUGAUGAGGCAGUGCCGCCGGUGAGCGACGUCGAGGACCAAAAACAGAGGAUAAAGGAUGCAGCCGACGUGCUCGACAUAAGGGUUGGCCGAGUUCUUAAGGCAUGGAGGCAUGAGGAGGCUGAUUCUCUUUAUGUCGAAGAGGUCGACAUCGGCGAGCCUGAACCCAGAACCAUCUGCAGUGGCCUUGUGAAAUAUGUUCCUCUUGAUCACCUUCAGGAUAGAAAUGUAGUUGUGCUUGCUAAUCUGAAGCCCAGGAACAUGCGUGGUGUUAAGUCUAGUGGAAUGCUUUUGGCAGCUUCUGAUGCUUCCCAUGAGAAUGUUGAGCUUCUUGUGCCUCCUGAGGGUUCACUCCCUGGCCAAAGAGUAUGGUUUGGAUCUGAAGAUGAUCAUCAAAAUCAACCUCCUCCUGCCACAGCUAACCAGAUUCAAAAGAAAAAGAUAUGGGAAUUGGUGCAACCUCAUCUGAAGACUGAUGAUUCUUGUAUUGCUAUACUUGGGGAGCAUGUAAUGCAGACAUCUGCGGGCGUGGUAAUCUCAAGUUCUCUGAAAAACGCAAAUAUCUCCUAAUUGGACUUGGAACUUCAUGCUAUUAGUCGGUCUCUCCCGCAUUCUUGAUACCAAUUUGUCAUUACUGCCAUAUGAUGAUUUCUUAACUGAUUUGUAGAAAUUUGGUGCCACAUGUUUUCUUUAGUUUGUGAGGGUUUCCGAAUUUGUCAAUUGUCUUAUGCAUGCCUGUUACCAUAACAUCUGAUUUCGAGGUUUUGUUGUGCGUAGUUUUUGUUCUUUUAAUGAGAAUGAGGCUGUGUUUUCCCAUUCCAA